AUCAACUAGAGGAUUUAAUGCCAGCGAAUUUACUGUUAGAGGAUCUGCAACAGUCUAACGGACAGCUAAUCAAUCUGACAAGGCAUCACGAUGGCGAUCUCUUCUAUACGAGCGGUCUCGGCGGCGGCGCUUGCAAUGCGGACACCUGCAUCGGGCUGUCCAGCGGCACAGCGGCCGUGGUCCGUCUGGGCGGCGACUCCAACGGUAAGUACUCGAUUAAUAUGGAAAUUUCCUCGGGCACGCUGGCCAGCGGUCGGCUGGAGCUGCUCACGCGCCGCAUGAAGCUGCAGCAGCAGCAGCGCGACAAUGGCCAGGCUCUGGGCAUGUCCGCCGAGGCGGAGGGCUGCAGCUGCCGCUGUUUGCCAUAUUUGCGCGCCUAUCGCGAGGAUUUGGGCAUCUGCGUGGAUGACAUACAUGAAUGCUCUCUCUCACCAUUUGUCAGCGGCUCAUCGUCGGAGAAAAUUCCAUUUGUGUUUUUGCCACUGCGCGGCCAAAUCAUUUACCCCAGCAGAGAAAUCAGUUUUCCCAAUAUACUCACGCCUGUGUGUGCGGUUACCGGCGCCCAGUACUUGGGCUCGAAUGGCUGGUCGGAUCUGCGUAACCCCAUUGACACGGACUAUCCAUUUCGGAUGUUUCGCGACGAGGGUCGCAGCUUUCUGCAGUGGCUGGGCGAGACGGAGCUGCGCCAGAAGAUGCAGGGUCGCCUCAUUGUGGUGCAUCUCGUUUGCCGCGACAUGACUGUGGCCCUCAAUGCCAGCCAGAAAGAUCAUCUGAUGCCGCCCAAGAAUGUGCAUUCGCCGUGCGUGGCCUUCCGGGUGAAUGGCAGUCCGGUCAAGUACACACACAAUGUGCCGGAGGUGUUCUUUCAGCCGGCGAACUCGACGACUCUGGCCUCCACCUCGGAUGGGAUGAGCAUGCGCGAGUAUGUGGUCAUCGGCAUCUGCAGCCUGCUGCUGGGCCUCAUCUAUGUGGCCUCCGUGUUUCUGUAUCUGUACAUGAAGAAGCGCAAGAGUCGGGGGCGCCACAGCUCGCGUCACUCGCUGGACAAUCUGGCCAAUGAGAUCAACUAUCCGAAGAACGACCAGGUCACAUAUGGCGCGCCCUUUAGCCGGGUGGGCAGCAUCUACUCGGCGAACAGCAUGGGUCUGGGCCAUGGCGGCAGCGGCAACGAGGCGGGCACGCGGGCCAGCAUGGCCAGCCUCAAGGAUGACCUGGGCAUUGUGAAAAACAAUCCGCUGCUGCAGCACUUUCCGCAGCUGGGCGAGCGGGAGCACAACUCUGGCUUUGCCAGCGACAUCUCCAACUCGAACUCCGAGUGCGAGAUGGAGGAGAAGAUAAAGAGCUCGGUUUCGGUUCUGGUGCAUCCACAGCUGAACAUGGCCAACAACAACAACAACAACAACAACAAGUCCCCGAAGUCGGGUCACGGCCACAGCGCGGAUAAUUCCUCACUGGAGUCGGAUGAUUUUCGGCAGGACAACGAGUGCCUGCCCACGGAGAAUGUGGCCGUCAUCGAGGAUCUGAUGAGCGAGGAGAAACUGGAGAAUCUGCGUGCCAUGGUCAAUGGCAAUGUGCGCAAGAAGCUCUACUUUAAUCCAGCCUACUUCGAGCCACAUCUGCUGGCGGAGCCGCCGCAAGCUGCCAUUGAGUUUUUGCAAAAGAUUCGCGAGGUGAUCGCCAUUGCCAAGUACAAAAUGGCCGCCAAGCGUUACCAGCCAUCGCUCAACAUCAUUCACGAGGAGGCCAGCCUGGACUCUGGCGGGGCCAGCUCGGCCAGAUACAAUGUGCCGCUGCAGCAGAAUCUGCAGGCGAAGAGUCUGGGCGACAAGCGCAACAGCAUCGAGCAGUGGCUGCAGAGUGUGCCCAAUUCGGAGCCAGCCGAGCCGAAGAAGAAGAGCAACGGUUCACCCAGCAAAGGCUCCACGCGCAAAGAGAUCACCGCGCCCAAGGAACGCCCGCCGCCGCCGCCGUCUCCAAUGCAAAAGUCAAACACUGAGCAGCAGUCCAAGCCGGAGGCACAGCCCAGCGCCAGCGCCAGCUCCAGCUCCAGCAAAUCCAGUCCGGAGCCCGUCAAGCCCAAGACGCCAAACUAUGAGAGCUAUACGGCCUAUUCGGCGGCCGUGUCCGCCAAUGUGUAUGGCUUUGCGGAGACGGGGGGCGAGAUCUACAACAAUCCAAAGUUCAUGCUGGCCGACUCGCCGGCCGGCUCGAUGCGCAGCACCUCGAGCCGAUCCAAGUCGUUGCGGAAACGCGGCGAUGCACUCGAUCAGUUCGCGGCGGCGAACAACUCGACGCCGACCUCGCUGAACUCGUUCGAUCGACAGCAUUACAAUAUGCUGCGGAACAUGAAGCCCGCAGAGAUCAUUUACGAUUCGCUGAAGCGCGAAUAUGCAGCGCAUAUACCGACGCCGGACUACGACAGCACCAUCGAGAAGAAGAUCAAGGAGAUCUACAGCAGCACCCAGAGCAGCAUACCCUCCGUACCGACGCCGGACUACAGCUCGCUGAGUCGCAAGUCCCUCAAACAGUUUCAGCCGGAUUCGCCCAUCUACAGGCGCAAAUCGCCGCAGUACCUGAUCGUCGACUACGAGACGGACAGCCUGGAGCGCUUGGAGCCGAGCGCCAAGCGCAAGAGUUCGCAUUCCUCCAGCUCGCCCUCGUCCGAUGUCAGCUCACAGCUGAGCCCCAGCUUGAGCACAGCUUUGCCGCUGGAGGAGGAGCUGGAGAUCAGUCACACGGUGUACGAUCGGGUCAAUGGAUUUCGCAAGGAGGGCGACCUCAAGAAGCGCCUGCUCGCUGGCAAGCAUGACAGAGCAGGGCAGAGCCAGGCGCAGCGGCACAAGGAGGCCGCGGCACGCAUCAAAUACGACACGCCCUUUCGCGGCAGCAUGACCAUCGAGGUGGAGCACGAGCCGCCCUCCGACAUGGAGCGCACAGACAGCGAUCAGUUCGAGCCGGACACCCUCGAUCGCAAGCCGAAGAAGCAGAGCUUCUGCGACAUCAAUGCCUGGGACAAGCAUGGACGUCAGAGCAGCACCGAGGAUUACAAUCAGAUCAACUCGCUGCCCGAUCUCAGCCGCCAGCUCGGCACGCCGGACAGCAGCCAGCUGGCCAACGGCAAGCCGCGCACCGCCUCCUUUAUUCUGCGCUCCAGCAACUCGUUUCGCAAUCUGCGCGAGAUUUACGAAUCGCCGCUGGCCGUCCAGGAGCACGGCAGCAGUGAGGCCCAGCAGCGCGAGGAGCAGGGCCGCAUUCUGACGCUGGAGGCAAAGCAUUCGCGCCGGCAGCGCGGCCUCCAAGGCUCGCCCACGCUCUCUGUGGUGGAUGUGGCCAGAGACAGAACUACCAUAACUAUAUCCUCGCCCAAGCCUGCCGACAAACGCCAGCCGACGUCGCCGCCACGCCCCAAGCUGAAUCAACAUUAUUGCGCCCCGCUGGUGCAUAAGAAGCGUCCGCUGCCGCCGGCGCCGCCGGCGACGCCGCCAGCUGGGCCGAGCUGCUGCCACGGCGAGCGGCAGGAGGAGGAUGCGUACAGCAUGCACAGCGAGAUAACCGAGCUGACCGGCGUCUCGGAUACCCUGGCCAACUCGGAGUUCGACAACUCGUGCAACAACACGAUGUCCAGCGUCAUAUCGGCCAUGACGGAGCCCAAGCCGGAGCAGAAGGCGCAGCUGGACGUGGACUACGAUGGCAUCUACGGCAAGAAGAUGAAUAGCUUGCGCAAUGAUUAUAGCCUCAACAAGUAUCUCAAUCGGCGCAAGUCCCAGAAGGAUAAGCGAGACGAGAAUGAGCACGAGCUCAAGGAUCCAGCGGAGCUGGAGUCGAGCAACAACAACAACAAUGCGAAGACUCUCAAGGAUGUGGAUGUGAAUCAGUUUGAUGCGCUGUCGAUUAGCUCACGGUCGAACCGCAGCAGCAGCCAUCUCUCGGAGCGCACCAAGGAGCUCUAUCGGAAUGCGGGCGUUCCCGUCGGCAUCGCCUAUCCACAACGCGCCACCAACAGCAGCAGCAGCAACAAUCCCAGCUCCAAUGCGAAUGUGAGCGUCAAUGUCCAGACCGUUUAUCGCUGUGAGAUCGAGCCGGCGCAGCUGACGGCGGGCAUGCAGAUAGCCAUCGGGCUAAAGGAUCGCGCCAAGAAGGCGAAGGAUCUGAAGAAUGCGUGGCGCAAAUUUGUUCACAUGGCAGCCAACAAGUUCAGCCCCAGUCAGAGUCCGGCGCCCACCUACGGCACCAAGAGCUCGACGGGUGGCUUUCUGGAGGCGCUCGGCGGCGACGAUGGCAUCGCCUCCAUCAUUGAGGAGGCGGCGGCGUUUGCGGUUGCGGCACAGCCGGGCUCGGCGGCGGGACAGGUCGGCCAGAGCCAGAGCCAGAACUAUUACGAGCAGCGCUUUGGACAGCUGGACAGCGGCUACAUGAGCACCGACUCCACGGAGCUGUACAAGCGCAACGUCUACGAUCGCUACAACUUCAAAAUGUUGAGCGGACGCGGCGGCGGCGGCCAGAUUAUACGAGUCGACACCAUCGAGGACAACGAAGAAGAGAGCACCAGUCCAGGCCGCUUUGAGGAUCUCGAGCACAUGGUCUCGCCCGGCAGCAGAGCAGCGGCGGCGGCGGCGCCCAAUGCCAGCGAGGACUUGAGCGAUGCCGAGUCGGACAAAACGCUGACGCGCUCCAAAUCGAAUGUGGCACGCGGCGGCAGCAGCAGCACCACGAUGUCAUCCUAUUCCUCUGAGGAUGAGCAGCGGCGCGGGCACAGCACCUGCUGCGGCUCAUCGGAUGAGGAGACCAAUGCCGAGGACAUGUGCGAAUCGGGCGCGGAGAGCAUCGAAACGCACUCGGUGCUCUACAAGAUGAUACGCAAAAGUUAGCUUUGUACUUAUUUUAGGGAUGUGCAAUAUCCAAACCAGACGAAAGACUUCCACUUGGCCAAGCCAGCCAACAGGUGCAAUAAUAACACGAUUCUUGCCAAACCAUAAGGUGCAAUUCUUAUACCCAACUCUAAGCAACAUUAACAGAUAUAUAUAUAUACAUAUAUACAAGUUGGAGGGAGGAGAAACUGAUACUAACAAAGCUGAUUCCUCCCCCCUCCCAAACA